AAAUGAUAAUAUUAUUGAUGAAAGUAGUUGUUUAAUUUUUGCCAAUGAAUGUUUACAAGAAUUGUACAAUAAAAAGGAACAUUAUCGACGCGAAUUAAAUGUCAAGACCACUCGUUUAUCUGGUUAUAACUGUAACAUGGAAUAUACUAUUGAAAAAUUUGUACAACAAGGACUUCAAUCUUUACAUAUUGAAAUCAAUGAACAUAUUGCCACGGUUCAAUAUCAUUAUACCAAUAUAAUAUUUCAACAAACUUAUUUUGCUCAAAAUCCUAAUAUAAAUCAAAAUAGCAAAAAUUCAAAAUAUUUUCUACUGCAUAUGGAUUUCAAUACAAUUGAUUUAACUCGAGCAGAAAAAGCUACUUCUUUGUUAAUUAAUAAUGAACAACAAGAAUAUCAAUCAAGAACAUUAUUAGAUAAAAAUAAUGGACGAUAUGCUUAUUUACCUAUAUUUCCAACACAAUAUGUUGGUCCAAAUGAGUGUUUACUUUUGGCUACCCAUGUAGCCGAUAAUGGAUAA